UACAAAUCCAAUAUCUGAUGUAUUUGGGGUAUUGACGAAAUUAAUCACACUUAAACCAUUUAUUGAUCAUUGGCCUGUGACUUACUUUAAGGCUAUAGAAAAGCCGAAUCUGAUGAAGUAG